UGGAGGGGUCGGCCGCGGCGGCGCCCUCCCCGGGGUCGCCGGACGCUGGCCCGUGGCGCGCGUGGGCUCUGCGGGAGCCGGGGAGGGCGCAGCGCCAGCCCCACGCGGGCGACCCUCCGCCCCCGCCGCCGGCUGCGCGGUCCGGGAGAUGCGGACACGCGUGCACGUUUUCUGCGGCGAGCCUUCCAGCUCCGACACCAGGCCAUCCCACCGCCGAUGGCUUCCUCUUCUCCUGAGCUGGCAGCCCAGGGAUGGGAAAGAUUUAGUAUAAGCUGUAGCCAUGACUACUGAAGUUGGCUCUGCAUCUGAAGUGAAGAAGGACUCUGACCAGGCAGGAGCAGAUGUACCCAAGGAGAAAGCGAAAGAGGCAGAGGACGAGCAGAAUCCGUUAUCUGAGCCAGAGGAGGAGAAAGGUUCCCAGCCAGCUCCUGCAGUGGAAAGCCAACGCAGUCCCCACCGCCGGAAAAGAGAGAAGACACCAUCCGAGAGCAGGGGCAUCUCUCGAUUCAUACCCCCUUGGCUGAAGAAGCAGAAGUCUUAUAACUUGGUAGUAGCCAAAGACGGAGGAGAUAAAAAGGAGCCUACCCAAGCUGAUGUGGAAGAACAGGUCUUGGAAAAGGAGGAUUCGCUUCCCAAGGAAGAGAAUCGGGCCAAGGGUGAUGCAGAAGAGAUGGCUCAGAGAAAGCACUUUGAGGUCAAGGUGGAGGUCAGGGAAGAAAAGCCUUCCUUGAAAAGCAGUGCUGAGACCCAGCCUGCUGAAGAAGUAAGGAGGGACAAAGAGGAAGAGAAGAUACAGGACGCGCAGGAGGAGGCGCAGGAAGAGACGCAGGAAGGAGAGGCGGCAAAGAGGGAGACCAAGGAGGUGCAGACAAGUGAGCUGAAAGCAGAGGUGGCCUCUCAGAAAGCUACCAAGAAGACCAAGACUGUCCUGGCCAAAGUGACCCUCCUAGAUGGCACCGAAUACAGCUGUGACCUAGAGAAACGUGCUAAGGGGCAAGUAUUAUUUGACAGAGUGUGUGAACACCUCAAUCUCUUGGAGAAGGACUACUUUGGACUUCUAAUUCAGGAAAAUUCUGAGCAGAAAAACUGGCUAGAUCCUGCAAAAGAGAUAAAGAGACAGCUGAGAAGUCUUCCCUGGCUGUUCACUUUCAGUGUGAAGUUUUAUCCUCCGGAUCCUUCCCAAUUGACUGAAGACAUCACCAGAUACUUCUUGUGCCUUCAGCUGCGGCAGGACAUUGCCUCUGGCCGCCUGCCCUGCUCCUUUGUGACUCAUGCCCUCUUGGGAUCCUAUACACUUCAGGCUGAGCAUGGAGACUAUGACCCAGAAGAGUAUGACAGCAUUGAUCUUGGUGACUUCCGGUUUGCCCCAAGCCAGACCAAGGAGCUGGAAGAAAAGGUGGCAGAACUGCAUAAAACUCACAGGGGCUUAUCUCCAGCACAAGCGGAUUCUCAGUUCUUAGAAAAUGCAAAGAGGCUUUCCAUGUAUGGCGUUGACCUGCACCAUGCCAAGGACUCAGAAGGUGUGGACAUCAAGCUGGGUGUGUGUGCUAAUGGCCUUCUCAUUUACAAAGACAGACUGAGGAUCAAUCGCUUCGCUUGGCCAAAGAUCCUGAAAAUUUCCUACAAGCGCAGUCAUUUCUACAUUAAAGUCAGACCAGCAGAGCUGGAACAGUUUGAGAGCACCAUUGGAUUCAAAUUGCCAAACCACCGGGCAGCUAAAAGGCUAUGGAAAGUAUGUGUGGAGCACCACACUUUCUACAGGCUCGUGUCUCCAGAACAGCCACCAAAGGCCAAGUUCUUGACCUUGGGCUCUAAGUUCCGCUACAGUGGCCGCACACAGGCGCAGACGCGCCAGGCAAGCACCCUCAUUGACAGGCCAGCGCCACACUUUGAGCGUGCCUCCAGCAAGCGAAUCUCGAGGAGCCUAGAUGGAGCCCCACUUGGUGUUGUGGACCAAAGUCUUAUGAAGGACUCUCCUGGCCCUCCCGGAGAGGGCUCAGUGCCUGGCCCUGGAGUUGUCAGCUAUGCUGCCAGACAGGACGGCGAUAGCCGGAGGGAUGCCAGAAGCCCAGCGAAAGCUGCACCCCUGCUCGCUGAGGGAAAGAAAAAUACCUUGAGAGUAGAAGGGGAUAAUAUUUAUGUCAGACAUAGCAAUUUAAUGUUGGAGGACCUGGAUAAGGCCCAGGAGGACAUACUGAAACAUCAGGCUAGCAUUAGUGAGCUCAAGCGCAAUUUUAUGGAGUCCACACCUGAGCCGCGCCCCAGUGAAUGGGAAAAACGACGUAUCACACCUCAGUCCCUGCAGACACAAGGGAGAAAAGGCGAGCAUCUUUUCAAGGAUAUUCUGUCCAUGAAGGAGAAGUACUUGAAGGUGACAGCGCGCACAUCUGAAGAGGAAGCUCAGGCGGACAAGAGCCUAGAAGAGGAGAUAAUAUCAAUUUUGUUUAGUGGAAAGGGCUUUUCUCAUAGUGUGAAAGCCUCCUUCCCUUCAUCUACCACUUGGACAGCAGAGGGCGCUGUUGUGAACUCUAAUGCACCUAGAGAAAAGCUUUCUUCUGCACCCUUCUCACACCUGCCUGAGACUCGCACUCUCUCGCCGGAAGGGCCUUGCACUGGAACCGGGGACGCUGUUAAGCGUUCACAUGAGACUCUGAAUGUAGUGGAGGAGACGAAGCGGGCAGAGGUUGGGAAAGACGAGAGCGUAAUCACGGAAGAGAGGACCGGUAAAGAGCUGUCACCUGGGAGUGCUCCUGGGGACACUCGUAAGGUGGAGCCAGUGGCACAGAAAGACUCCACCUCCCUGUCUUCCGAGAGCAGCAGCAGCAGUGAGAGUGAGGAGGAAGAUGUGGGAGAGUACCAGCCCCACCACCGAGUGACUGAGGGCACCAUAAGGGAAGAACAGGAGGAGUGUGAUGAAGAGAUGGAGGAAGAACCGGGCCGAGGAGCCAAGGUAGUAGAGAGGGAGGCAGCAAUGCCCGAAGCCAUCCCAGACAGACAAGCAGGGGCCAGUGCACACACAGUAGAGACAGAGGCCCAGGAAAAUGUAGGUGCCCAAAAGAUCCGUGCAGAGAAGAGUGAGCUCGGAGGCACUGCUAAGCAAGCCAUGAGAGAAGAAGCAGAGGACGAGCAGCACACAGUUAACGGAGAGGUGCCCCGUGGUGACAUUGAUGUUUUACCAGAGAUUAUUUGUUGUUCAGAGCCACCAGUGGUAAAAACAGAGAUGGUAACAAUUUCUGAUGCCUCACAAAGGACAGAAAUCUCCACCAAGGAAGUCCCCAUUGUUCAAACUGAGACCAAAACCAUCACAUAUGAGUCUCCGCAGAUUGAUGGCGGGGCUGGUGGUGAUUCGGGCACGUUACUGACCGCACAAACCAUCACAUCUGAGUCUGCGUCAACAACGACAACCACACACAUCACCAAGACUGUGAAAGGUGGAAUAUCGGAAACAAGAAUUGAGAAACGCAUUGUGAUCACAGGAGACGCAGCUCUGGAUCAAGAUCAGGCGCUGGCUCAGGCCAUUAGGGAAGCCAGAGAGCAGCACCCUGACAUGUCCGUCACGAGGGUAGUAGUGCACAAAGAAACAGAGCCGCUGGAAGAAGGAGAAGAAUAAGAAGGUCGUUUUUUAAGACAACAUUCAGCUUCAUGAAUCUGAAGAACUUUGACCAUUCCAAGUCUUAACGCCACACCACUACUCCAACAAAUUUGUGCUUCAGCUGGUAACUGACCAGAAGCCUGAAGAAUUAAAUGCCAACAGCAAACUUUACCUUAACAGCUCUGGUCUAUACUGUCCCCAUACAUUUCUAAUACACUGUUUGUUUUAUAACCACUUCUAAAUACUCUUUCUUCCCCUUUGCUUUCGUUCUUCCUUUCUUUUAAUUUUUUUUUAAUUCUUUGGGGUUUUUUUUUUUUUUUUUUUUAAGGGUUUUGUAUUUGUUUCCCUUUCCUGCCUGCUUUUUUUUAUGACUCAUUUGCUCAAAUGACAGUGAACAAAGCCAGCCCAGGCUGGUAAGGUGCUGUUCACUUGAACAGGUGCUGUUAUGUGGAAAGGAAACUCUGUGACUAAUUUAGAUAGUGAUUUUCAUUCUUGAAGAUUGUUUCCAUUGAAUUCUUACAGUCAAUAUUUACAGUUUUCAGAUUGCAGUUAAGUAUACUGCAUGAGAUCAUAUUAAUACCAAUUAAAAGCAUUUCUUACAUCUUGAAAUUUUUCUAAUGUUUGGACAUUUCACUACAGAUGGUUUUUCUAUCGACCCCUUUGACUUUCCAGUCCUGUGACUUUGUACUUGGUGGAGUGAGAGACUCUCCGGACUGGAGAAUUAGGAAGCUCACUGAGCACGCACUGUGUUGAGAGACACCACCCCACAGUGCAGAACUUCUCAGACCUAAGCUUUGCCACAGCGCUCCAGAGCAGGAGGAGACGCAGGAAAUGUGCCCUUCCCUUUCACCACUAAAAGAGAACCAGGCAGCUUCAAGCCUUAGUGCUUGCUUUCUUAUCCUUCCCAAUCUCAGUAUCUCCCGUUGUCUGAACACUUGAGCAGAGCACUUGCUUUGUAUGAAACCUCCUGUCUCCAUGUAAAACUGACCUUUGUUACCAAUGAGGUGUAUCACUGAGAUAGUUUGAUGACUCACAGGUUUGAAGAUGCUGGGGAGAAGAGGGUGGGGACAGUGGUGGGGAUGUUGUUGGUUGUAAGAAAGCGAUACCAUGUAAAGCUGACACAGAGACCUGAUAGGGCUUAUUAACUGUAUUGAACAUUUUUCUCAUUUGCUUUUGACUCUAUGUAUAGUUAUGAUGCCAGAUUAGAUUUAUAGCAGCUUCAAGUUGUAUUAAAUGAUAUUUUGCUUUAUGUAAUACUGUUAUAAAAUAAAAGUUUGUUUAUUCUAUAAA